CCGAGAAACAGGGGAUAAUACUGCGGAGCCGCCCGGCUGCAGUCCCGCCCGGGAGCCGGCAGGGAGCGGAGCUGCGGAGCCGCCUGGUCUCCCGCAUCCGUCGGUCCAUUCCUGUGUCCUGUCCAUCUGAACGAGCGCUGCAGGAGCAGCCACGAGAUAGAAGCCGGGUGGCAUGGCAGCAAGCACAGAUGUAGCUGGGCUGGAGGAGAGCUUCCGCAAGUUCGCCAUCCAUGGUGACCCCAAGGCCAGCGGGCAAGAGAUGAAUGGCAAGAACUGGGCCAAGCUGUGCAAGGACUGCAAGGUGGCUGAUGGAAAGGCUGUGACAGGGACUGAUGUCGACAUCGUCUUCUCCAAAGUCAAGGGAAAGUCUGCUCGGGUCAUCAACUAUGAGGAAUUCAAGAAGGCCCUGGAAGAGCUGGCAACCAAGCGGUUCAAGGGAAAGAGCAAGGAGGAGGCUUUCGAUGCCAUCUGCCAGUUGGUGGCCGGCAAGGAACCAGCCAACUUGGGUGUCACUAAAGCAAAAACAGGGGGUGCUGUGGACCGACUGACUGACACCAGCAAGUACACGGGAUCCCACAAAGAGCGCUUCGAUGAGAGUGGCAAGGGCAAGGGCAUUGCUGGACGGCAAGACAUCCUGGACGACAGUGGCUAUGUGAGUGCCUACAAGAAUGCAGGCACCUAUGAUGCCAAGGUGAAGAAGUGAGGCCAUGGAAGGCCCCCAGUGCACCUGCCUCUGCCAAAAGCUCAGGCCUGGGCAUAAGGGGCACAUGGAGCAAGAAAGCUGGUCCCCUUCCUGCUGGACCUGCCACCCAGAGCUUCCUGCUCAGCCCCAUAAGGCCAGCUCACCAGCCCUCUGACCCAGACUACUCUGUGUGCCCUUCCUCCUCCUCUUGCCUUUCUGACUUUUGUCUAAGGAAAGCCUGUGCCUAUAACCUCACCACUGCAGCCUGGUCCCAGGCAUGGCUGACCUCUGCCUGCUUGCCUCAUAUUUAAGCUGCUGCUCUGGCCAAGUGCCUAAUUCUUACCCAGACCUCAAUAAAAACACCUUUUGUACCAAUGUG